AAGUUGAGAAUGUUUUGUUUGUAGUACCUAGACCUAAUGUUCCACGACUGAAUUCCAUGGUGCAUCUAGAAAAUUUUAAUUUUGGUUUGUGAUACUCUUGGUGUUUUGUAUAUGAGUUUCAGAAGAUAUCAACAAUAAUUAUUACAAUAUUUAAACAAAUUAAUUCAAAGACACAAAAUCGACUAACAAAAUGGAAAGAGUUUGAUGUCAUCCAUUUGUCAUGGAUAAUAAUAGACCUAACUCUUUCGAUAUUGACCUCCAUUUUCGAUCGAAAAUCAGACUCUUGAGAUACUUUUCAACAUGGUGGAACAACCCCUCAUCUUUAUGGUUGAACGUUCUGGAAAAAUCAUUAUCCGGCUUCAGAAUUUCCCUCCUGCUGCUAGCGUCCAUUCUCCAACUGAUACAGCUCACAAAAAUGUCCAACCUGAAGGGAGCUAGCGAAAUUGUUGAGGUCAUGACGCUGACAAUUUCCUCCAGCUACAAAUCGGCUUUCUUUCUAUACUACCAGAAAGACUAUGCCGCCAUGUUGAGUCUCAUGAGGAGCCACUUUCAGGAACGUCCCUUCUUGACGACGAAAAAAGGCAACAAAACCCACCAAACUAACAUGACAAAGUUUCUGAGCUAUACUGAUCUGAUAGUAUAUCUCUACUUUUUUUCCGCUAUUGCUUUCAUAUCGUUCUCAAUUAUAGCUAAUGCCCUCGUACCAGAAACUGUGAUUACUGACAACUGCAUCAAACCUAAACUCACUUUUCAUGAAAGUUUGGGACAUAGCCUCAAAAACCCUCCCAACUCGGGACCUAACCUCACUUUGUCUGAUGAAAAUUUGAGAAAAAACCUCAAAAAUCCUCUCAACUCGGGACCUAACCCCACUUUGUCUGAUGGAAAUUUGAGAAAAAACCUAAAAUAUCCUGAAAGUUUGGGACAUAACCUCAAAAACCCUCCCAUCUCUGGACCUAACCUCACUUUGUCUGAUGAAAAUUUGGAAAAUAAACUCAAAAAUCCUGUCAACUGUAGCAAGCAUAACUUCACUUUCUCCAAUUGCAGUGUCAAACAUGACCACAAAAAUUCUCUCAGCAGUGGACCUAACCUCAUUUUAUCUGAUGACAAUUUUGGACAUAACCUCAAAAAUCCCCUGGAUUCUAACCUCACUUUUCCUGAUAACUGUGGCUAUGUGCAACAUAACCUCAAUCCAAAACUGCCUGUGAAAAUAUGGCUGCCUAUUGACUAUUCGUGGACUCCUCUAUACCAAAUCGUCCACCUGGUGACCAGUUUUAUACUAUACGAGUGUUGUCUAAUAUAUGUGGCUCAAGAUGCAUUCUGCUUCACACUUUUGUAUGCAGUCAGUGGUCAGUUUCAAAUUUUAGAAGAAAGUUUGAGGAAUUUGGGAGAUUUGACUGAUGUACAAAUGAUGGAUGAUGAUGAGUUGAUAAUGAAUGAUGAACGAAAAAUGAAUAAAUGUAAGGGAGAAGAAAGGACAUGUCUCACUGUUGAAAACUUUGAAGAUGAAGGGAAAGAUUUUCAAAAAGCUCUUUCAACCGAUAUUGAUAUAAAUUUCUUUAGAGAGAAGCUACUACAUGAGAAGUUGGGGAAAUGUGUUCAGCAGCAUAUUUUAUUACUGAGGUUGCUUCGAGACUAUGAGAGACUUAUGGAGAGCAUGAUAAUUGUUGACUUUCUACAUGCUAUUUGCUCACUAAGCUUUGCUUUGCUUGAAAUGUCUGUAGCCCAUACCAUGUUGUAUGCAAUAACAUUAUUCUGUUUCAUUGCCAUCUGUAUUGUUCAUCAGUUUAUGAAUAAUUUCUUCGGAGAGAUGGUCAUACAAAAGCAAUUGAGCAUUGCAAGUGCAGUCUACUCUUUGCCAUGGGAAAGAUAUCCGAAAAAAAUAAAAAGCUCAAUUUUGUUCAUGCUUCUAAGGACUGAGAAACCGAUUGUUAUCAAUGGAUUCAAAAUGUACCUCCUCUGCUAUAAAACAUUUGUGGAGUUCUUGAAAGCGAUCAUGUCCUAUUAUACAGUAUUGAGGAAUGUACAUCUUGAAAAGUGAAGAAAAUGUAUUCAAUUCACGGAACAUAAAUGCUGAAGAAACCAUAAUCCACGUAUAGGACACCUAUUAUUGAAAUCAAUUGUUUUUUGAGAUACACACAUCAAUUUCAAUUGUUUUGAAACAAAGAAAAACUACAGAAAACCUUCUUUUACUAUAAAUUAUACACGUUCACGUAUAAGUAAGUUGUAUUUGAAGUUAGUAGCCUAUUCUCUGUUCGUUACUCAUAGAAAACAUUUUUCUUGUACUACGGUAUUCUCUUUUUCGUUCAUCAAAUUACUCAGAAUCAAACUCAUUAGAGUUCAUCAGAUGUCAUGAUUAUAGCCAUACAAACGUUUUUUUUUCAUAACAAAAAAUGUGAAAUGAAUUUUGAGGAAUAAAAAAUAAAAUUAAAAUGCAGCAGCAAAUACUGAUUCAUAUCUUUAUUUUUCCUC